AUGCCAGUUAUUGUAGCAACUGAAUGGGACUAUAUCAAUCACCUCAAGAGCAGCACUACAGAGAGAGGUCAGUCUCCGAAUGAAAAGACAUCGUACGUGUAUAACAACUCCAGAAAUCGCGUGCGCAAAGUUGUUGAAUGCUAUAGCCCAGAGACGAACACUUUCGUCAAGUCCAAUGAAACCAUAUUCUUGGACAAUAUUGAGAUCUUGAUCAAGUAUGACAAACAAGAACGAUGCCCCUUGCAAUGCGAUGCUUUACACGUUAAUACUGGCGCUCAGGGAUCCGUUAUCGUUGAGAGCUGGUCGGGGCUGUCGUGGCAAAGUAAAAGAAUAACCAAGACAAAUAGGAGAUUCAGCUACGAAUAA